CCCCCCAGCGGCCAAGCCCCAUGCCCUUGGUCCCCUCGCGAUUUCCUACCGCCGCCAGCCUCCCUUGCCUCUGAUCCGCUCCGGAUCAUCCUGACGGCGGCGGCGGCGCUCUUGAUGCGGCCCGGCCAUCACGGCAGUGGCGCUCUGGCGCGGGCCGACCGUCCCAACGCGCGCCCCAGUUCCUGCAGAGCCCCUCCUCAUCCCCUUCCCCCGCUCCGGAUCCUCCUCACGGCAGCGGCGCUCCGGAUGCGGACGCGGCCACCCCAUCGCCCGCCCAGUUGAUUCAACCAUCGAUGUCGCCACCUCCUCCCCUCGCCUCCCCGCCGCCGUCGCCAUGGCCAUUGCCCCCGAGCAGCACCUGUCCGAUGGAGCAUCCCCGAGCAGCGCCUGUCCAAUGGCUCGGGAAGGAGUACUCCCGUCUACCACCGGUCCCUCCCCCGCCCUCCUGCCGCCGCCAUGGCCAUGGCCUGACGGGAGCUCGCCUUCCCCGCCAUGGCCAACCUCCGGUGAAGAAGCUCGCCGUGCCUACCAACGCCCCAGUUCCGUGCUUCCAUUCACUUCCCAGGUGGGUUGCUCCGAGUUGCUUAGUAGCUUACCUUCAAUCGUUGGGUCAACGCAUCUACAGAUGAAGGUAAUUGAUGGUUGACGCUCCACUUCCUCUCCCUACGAUCUGCACAAGAAACUGAAGAAAUUG